GUCCCCUUUAUCACAGCUUGAGCUCAAGAAAUUGGAUGUGGGCUUUUCUUGCAGCUAAACAACACACAGUACCUCUCAGAGUGGUGUACUUAUAUCUCGUCUGUUUCGACAUUAAAACACCAGGUUUUCAGGGAUUACCAUGGAGGAUCCAACUGAUUGCAAAUCAACUGAAGACAUUAAAAACGCACUAAAAAGCAAUAAUCCAGCUUUAGCUGUUAAAAUGAUCCAGAGGUAUUUGGAGAAGGAGAAUGAUCAUCCACUAAAUAUUGCUGUCACAGGAGAGUAUGGCUCUGGUAAAUCAACCUUUGUUAAUGCAUUUAGAGGCAUAGAUCACAGGGAUGAGAGAGCCGCCCCUACUGGUUUUGUAGAAACCACCUCAGAGGUUACAGAAUACCUCCAUCCAAACUAUCCCCAUGUUACACUGUGGGAUCUCCCUGGUAUUGGCACCACCUUGUUUCCAGCUGACAAGUUCUUAGAGCUUGUUGAAUUUGAAAAGUUUGACUUCUUCAUCAUCAUCUCAGAAACUCGCCUUAAAGAAAAUGAUGUGAAGCUUGCUCUGGAGGUUCAGAGAAUGGGGAAAAAGUUCUACUUUCUGCGUUCAAAGACUGACAAUGACUUACUUGACGAGGAAAGACGUCACAAGUCAAAGUUCAACACAGAAACGACUCUUAAACAAAUCAAGGAAGACUGCAUUCAAGGUCUCCAGAAACAAGGUGUGGUCUCUCCUCAAGUCUUCCUGGUGUCCAACUUUCGUCUCCAGCUGUAUGACUUCCCUCUGUUAGUGGACACCUUUGAGAGAGAACUUCCUGCUCACAGGAGAAAUGCUCUGCUGCUGGCCAUGCCCAACAUCAACCUGGAGGUUAUCAACCAGAAGAAAAAAGCUUUCAGUGGCCAAAUAAAGUACUAUGCUCUGCUUGGUUUAGGUGUAGCAGCUGUACGAGUUCCUGGACUUUCUGUUGCUGUUCAUGUGGGCAUGUUGGUUUAUGUUGUUAAAAAAUACGUAAAUGUGUUUGGUCUUGAUACCCCAUCACUGCAGAGACUGGCUGAAUGUAUAAAUGUGCCAGUGGAUGAUCUGCUUGCUGUCAAAGUCUCACCUUUUGCUGCACCAAAACUGACUCCUGCCCUUGUCUUGAAGUUGCUCUCUCAGUUUGCAGGCACAGCUGUGUUACUAGCAGCAGUGGAAGGGUCCAGAUUCAUUCCAACAUUUGGAAUCCCAGCAGCAAUGAGCCUCUCUUUUAUGUUGACAUACAGAGCUCUCAAGAAAUCCCUUGACAUGCUUACUGACGAUGCAGAGAGGGUGUUUAAAAGGGCCCUGGGUUUGAACACCUAGCUGUGAUAUUCAGUGAAAAGCAGUGACAUUUAAUGGCAAAUUGAGAACUGCAGAAAGAGCUUUUGAAUUAUUUUGUGGGUAGAUUGUAUUAUACUUUUCUUAACUACAAUAAACAAAUCUUAAACUUGUUUCAUAGCUGCACAUUUUAGCAAACAUGCAUCAUAUAUUUUGCAAUUGAUUCCUCCAUCCAGUGGGCUCAAGAUAGUUUUAAUUUUCUCUUAUUAGUGCUCUUUAGGUGCUGCCUUUGACACAACUGUUGACAGCUUUCUUUGAGACAGACUGAGACACCGGGUAGGCGAGUCUGAUGCUGCUUUUAACUGGUUCUCAUCAUAUUUGUCAAAUAGGAAGUUCUUUGUCUCUGUCCAUCCAUCCAUCCAUUUUCUUCCUCUUAUCCAGGGUCGGGUCGCGGGGGCAGCAGCCUAAGC